AUGGCCUAUUGUUUCUUUAUCCGUGCACGCCACAUGUGCAUGAUAAUGCGUCAAAACUUUGCCAAAAGCUGCGAGGCGAAGCUGAAUGAUCAGAUCAAUAUGGAACUUAAGGCUUGCCAUCAGUACCUGGCCAUGGCUUAUCACUUCGACCGCGCCGAUGUUAGCUCGCCGGGGAUUUUCAACUUUUUUGUAAAGGCCAGCAUGGAGGAGCGCGAGCAUGCUGAACUGAUAAUGAAAUACAUGAACAAGCGCGGUGGGCUAAUAAGGCUGAGCAGCGUGCCGGAGCCAGUGCCUUGCUAUAAGGACGUGCUGCAUGCCCUCAAGCAUGCGCUUCAAUUAGAAUUGGAGGUUAAUCAGCAUCUGCUUGAUGUUCACGCUCUGGCUGGAAAGGAGAACGAUCCCAACUUGUGUGACUUUAUUGAGGCAAACUUUUUGCAGGAGCAAGUCGAUGGACAGAAAAUCCUGGCAGACUACAUACGUCAACUGGAGCGCGCCCAUAUCGACUUGGGUGAAUAUCUGUUCGACAAGUACAUGGGCUCGGGCAUGCAUGGGGCCAGUAAUGAGAAAAACGGCCACUGAGUGUUGCUCAGACAAAUGCGUUUUAAAAAUUAUCAGUGUCUACAAAAAUCGUUAGUUUCCUGAACAUUUCUAGUUUGCAGGAGUAAUAAACAAAUAUCGAUCGGUGGUAGCUGAAGUGCACCCACAAGUCAACCAAA